AUGGAUAUACCAACACCGCUUACAUCUAUAAUAGACACAGAAUUAAAUGAUUGUUUAUUGGAAGAGAACUAUGCAAGCAAACUUUUAGCAUCGCUAUAUUCAAACCCUCAAAUACCUAGAAAUGUUGUUCAAACUGUUGUAAAUGACAUGACAUCUAUUUUUGACAAUAUACAUCAUACCUUACAGAGAAGAGUUUCUAAAUUACUUUCUAAUGGUAAUAUUUCAAUUGAAUGUUUCAAUCAUUUUAACUCAAUUCUGGAUAUUAUAGAACACCCCUUUUCUGAUCUCAAUACUGAGUAUAAACGAAUUAAAUACUAUACCCAAAUAGGAACAUAUGUACCUCUACAAGAAUAUAUUGUAGGGGAACGAUUGAAUGAGAAUUUACAACAUAAUGAUUUUACUUUAGUUCCAGUAAAUUGCACUCAACAAUUUAUUCCAAUGAGGCAUGUCUUACAAAAUUUUUUUAAACUUAAAAAUGUUUUAACUGAUACUCUGGAAUAUAUGAAUAAGUGUCGACUUUAUAAUUCAGUUUUAAUGAAUUUUACUCAAGGAAGUGUAUGGCAAGAAAAACUAAAAAGUUAUCAGUCCCAAAUAGUUUUACCUAUUUUUCUCUUUUUCGAUGAUUAUGAAAUUGGAAACCCUUUAGGAAGCCACUCUGGGAUUCACAAACUUGGGGCUGUCUAUAUGUCAAUCCCUUGUUUACCACCUCAUCGUCAGUCUUCUCUUAGUAAUAUUUUCUUAGCACUACUAUUUCACUCUUCAGAUAGACAGAAAUUUGGUAACAACGUAAUCUUUAGACCUCUUAUAAAUGAAUUAAAUUUUUUGCGGACUACAAGAAUUGAUUUUGAUUUGGUUAACUUCAAAGGAAAUAUUAAAUUUGAUUUAGGUCUUAUUAUAGGGGAUAAUUUAGGAAUACACAGUAUAACCGGGUUUGUGGAGAGUUUCUCUUCUAACUAUCCAUGUCGUAUGUGUAGAUCAAACAAAUUUGAAAUUAAAAAACAGUGUUACGCUGAUACAAGUUUAUUAAGAAAUUUAGAACAAUAUCAUCUUGAUGUUGUUGAAAACAAUGUUUCUAAUAGUGGUAUCAAAGAAGCAUGUGUAUGGCAUGAUGUACAUGGAUUUAAUGUGUUGAAUCAGGUUGGAGUUGACAUAAUGCAUGACUUGCUAGAAGGUGUCUGUAAAUAUGAUAUGUCAUUUUUGUUAUUAUACUAUACACAACACCUUCAAUUAUUCUCCUUACAAACUUUUAAUGAAAGGUUGGUUUGUUUUAACUAUGGCCCUGACAAAAGGAACAAACCGUCUGUAUUGCAUAUUGAGCAUAUUCAAAAAACACCAUAA